GGUGCUCCAGUUGGGGGGAGGCACCUCUCAGGGAGUCCAGGACAGUCUGGGGGGGUCUCUUUGCUAUGGGCUCCUGAAGGAGUUGGGGGCUGAAGGCAUCACUGAGAGGGGGGAGUGUGGGGCCCGAUCUGCCCUGGGUCCCGGUGGUGGGAAGGGGGCACAUUGCCCCACCGUGCCCCUGUCCUUCCCCCGAGUGGCAGCAGGCGUCACCCUGUCCCCUUCUCUCCCUGGUGCAGGGACUGCCAGGGACUCAGGGGACGAGGAGGAGGAAUGGGUGGACGUGGCCACAGAGGAGGCUGCUCUCAAUAACAGCCGAGAGCAGCUCCAAGGCGGAGAAAAGGUACAAACAUACCCCAGCUGUGCUGGAACCGAGACUGUCCUGCCCCUUCCCAGCACCUGACCCCCUGCAGAGGGUCUUGUCCCUGAUGAUCCACCAGCCCUAAUGGGGACCUUUCUCCUCCAUGAUCUGGGACCCCAGAGGUGGGGGUGUCUGUCACACACCAGCCGGGUCUCCUCCCCCCACAGGCACUGUCCCAGUUCCUGACCCUGCUUGUGGUGGAGUGGUGGGUGAUUUGGACAAUGGGCGGGUCCCCACUAUCCCCCAUUCAGGCCUGAGUCCUGCAGCUGCUGUGUGGGGGCAGGGAGGUCCCUGGCUAACUGGCUCUCUCUCCCCUAACCCCACUCCUGGUGGGUGCAGGAGGAGGCCCAGCAGCUCGUGUUCCUGCACGCCAUCCACCCCACGUCUCGCUGCACAGCAGAGAGGGCAGGACACAUUGGAGCCGCACUGCUGCAAGGCGGCUGUGGCGGAGAGGAUUGUGGAGCUCAUUGAGGAGCUGCCUGAUAACUCUCCACCCGGCGCCAUCCUCGCUAACUCCCUGAUUGCUGUGGGCAACCUCAGCACCAUGACGCCUGCCCUGGAGCCAGAGCUGGAGACCCACCUCCUCCGAGCUUCCCUGCACGCCGUCUUCACCCUGGGCAUGGAGAAGGACACCACCCAAGUGCAGAACUCAGCGGAAUUCCCCAGGAUGGGUCACCACAUGGCACAGCUAGCUCUGUCCGUCAGUGACCCAGCCAAGGACAUCAGCCGGCAGGCCAGGGAGGGGGUUUACCGGCUCUACCAGCUGCUGCUGCACCAGAGGGGUAAGGAACCCAGCUGGGAAAUGGCACCUGCUAGAAGAGUGAGACUGGGACCCCAGCCAAUUUCUCUCAGACUGACCCCGGCUGGAGGAUGAGUCUCUCUAUCUCUUUCUGUGUUCCACACCACGCCCUGCAAUUCUGUUGGGCCAGACACGCAGCGAGGACUCUGCCCACUGUGCAGCCACCAAUGGGAUUGGAAGGACACAAGCCCUGCAACCAGAAGGACAAAUGUGUGUGUGUCUCUCUCCCUGUCACCUACUCCCUCCUGGGGGAAACCCAGCAGCUGAUGGGGGACAAGGUGAGCAGCUGCAUUAGACUCAGGAGAUUGGGGCGGGGCCCAGGCCUCAUUCCCAUCCUGUGGCCAUUCGCUGGCCUGGCACAAGGAGCCUGGUGGGGAAUGAAAGGGAGAGCAGGUGCUCCUGGGAAGGGAGAUGAAUUCUCCUCCAUGAGCAGGAGCAAGCCAGCUUGUCCCCGGAGCAGCUCCACCCAGCUCUUUAGCCAGGCUAAUUAAUGACAAGCUUUGCCUCAUCCCAGACUUAUGUUCUUAGGACAGGGUGCUAUCGCUCUUGGGAAGGGCAGGAGAGUCCCCCAAGUGCCCUCUGCGAGACUUUCCUGUCCCAUAGGGCCGCACCCAAUUCCUAGUGGUCUGGUGUCUGUGUCACCCGAGCCACCACCCAGAGUUGCUCCCAUCACUGGCAGCCUGGGAGGCCAAGGACUGACGGGUGAUGGCGUCUGACCAGGCAGGGCUGAGGCACAUGGGCAGGGGACGCUUGUCCUGCUGCUGGCAAGGCUGGACCCAUUCUGGAGAGAACAGGAGGAUUCAGUCAGCAGUAGGGUUACCAUGACUAAUAAAUAAAAAAAGAGGACCCUCCACGGGCCCUGGCCCCGCCCAUUUCCCCACCCCUAGCCCCGCCCCAACUCCACCCCUUCCCCACCCUAACUCAGCCCCCUCCUCCCUCCCACUCCCAGCCAUGGGGAAAGAAAGGGCUGCCCCAGUGCUACCGGCUUCACGGUUUGCCGGGCAGCCCCCAGACCCUGCACCCCCAGCCAGCUCUUCCCCAGAACAGCUGGAGCCCGGGAAGGGAAGUGCCUGGCCCGUGGCUCGGGGUCCGUAGGCAGGGGUGGGCUGCCCGAAGCCGGUAGUGCUGGCUCGGGCAGCUCGGCUCUUAAAGUCUGAGAGGAGAGGAGCGGAGCAGCUCAGCUGGAGCCCGGGAAGGGAAGUGCCUGGCCGACGGUUGGGGGUCCGGAGGCAGGGGGGGCUGCCCGAAGCCAGUAGUGCUGGCUCGGGCAGCUCGGCUCUUAAAGUCUGAGAGGAGAGGAGCGGAGCAGAGCAGCCACGGGAGGGGAAGUGCCCGGCCGGCAUUUUCCCGGACACGUUUGGCUUUUCGGCAAUUCCCCCUGGACGGGGGUUUGAUUGCCGAAAAGCAGGACAUGCCCGGGAAAAACCGGACAUAUGGUAACCCUA